CGCUCGACAACGUGCUCUACUGCAGCGGCUUACGUCGGCUCAGCGUGUGGCCGUGGUUCAAAGCAGUUGCCAGCUUGUUGCUGACCGAGCGUCAAGGUUCCGUUUAUGCGGUUCUAUGCUUCCCUGGGCUUUUGUCGGAAUUCGUUCAGCGGGUCGUCGAUCGUUUGCGUGGGUUCGGGCAUACAGUGCCUGAGGUAGCUACUUACAUGCUGGAGCUUGGGACGUACAUACUUGAGCACGGCUUACUGGAUCGAGUACGCCAGAGGAGUGACAGCGAGUAUGUCGUUGCUACGCUGUGCGCUCGGUAUGCUGUUGCUGCUUGUCACCUUCCUCCUAACGCACUCGCUUCGGUGCGAUGGCAGCUCCAGCUGGGGGAUCCAGACGUGGUGCGGCAACAGGACCUCAUGCGGGCAGAUGCUGUUGCUGUUGCGUUGUACCAGACUAUCGCUCGUCUGCAACAGGAGCAAGCACAACAGCGAGGGCAUCUGCCGAGCGCUGGUGUGCAGCGUACAGUCGCAGGAGGAGGUAGCUCGGGGCAGGCGGGUUUGUGCGGUACGGCUGCGGGGGUCGGCGGAGGCUCCAGGCUAGGGGCCUCGGCUGCGGCUGGCUUGGGCCUCGGUCUUUGGGCGCCGCUGCCUGGUUGGGGCUUGGGCCUAGCGGCUCUGGCGGGGACGGUGGGACUCCCGGUGGGCUUCGGCCUAGCGGCUCCGGUGGGGACGGUGGGACUCCCCGCCGCGGCGCAGCCUGGUUGGGGCUUGGGCCUAGCGGCUCCGGCGGGGACGGUGGGACUCCCCGCCGCGGCGCAGCCUGGUUGGGGCUUGGGCCUAGCGGCUCCGGCGGGGACGGUGGGACUCCCGGCGGGCUUCGGCCUGCUUCGGUGGGAAUUCCCGCAGUGGCGCCAGCAGCGGCAGCAGCAGCAGCGCCGGCGGCAGCAGUGGGAGGGCUGGGAUUGGGGCAUGGGCGUUCCACUGCGCUGCAUGUACAGCAGAACGACCUUUUGGGUGCACCAGCAGCGGCAUCGGCUGCAGCCAGGCAGGCGCGCAGACGUGACAAUGCAGCGUGUAGGCUUCAGCGGAGGCAACUGAUGGCAGCAGCUAGGCAAGCUUGCCAGCGUAAGCGUUCUUGCCAGACUCCGUAUACAAAAGCGCAAGACCAAUUGGCACAGCCACUUCUGUCUCACUCACGGUUCUCUCUGGGGUCCAAUGGCACUGUCACACCGUCCGUACAAGCCCGCGGAUCCUUGGCGCUUUCUGCCCGCCAGCACAACGUGACUACCUAACCACUCCCUCUUUCUACACAAUAAACUACAUAAUCAGACGCUUCCUCCCCGUUUUAAUCAAUCGCUUCCCCCCAUUCUUACACGCCCCGCUAUACCGCAACACCUUACCAUCCGCUAACAGCACCCGGCCAUGUUCUACGGCGUUUACACCGCCGUGGUGGGCAUGGCCCUCCACCUGCUCUUCCUCACUCUAACCAUCGCAUACACCGUCGCGGACUAUGCCUUCUUUAGGUGGCUCCGCGCGCUGGAGCCCAACCUCAACCGCCACCUGGAGGACAAGGUCAAGGACGAUCUGCUCAUUCGCGCAAGCGCUCCCGAGCACCGCCUACGCGCACCGCUCUUCCCCUUGAGCACCGCCAUAGAGCAACAGCGCCUCAUCGCCAACUAUACGCAUAUCGCAACUGCCUUCGCCGCUCUCCGUCACUACGUUCUCCGCGCACCUGCAAACACACCCGCACCCCAACAAUUCGCCAACAACCGCAACGUGGUCAACCCCCG